ACAUCUCCUGGCACCUGGUAUGCAGCCAUUGAUCUGGCAAAUGCCUUCUUCUCAGUACCUGUCCACAAGGACUGCCAGAAGCAAUUUUCUUUCAGUUGGCAAGGCCAGCAGUAUAUGCUGAUUGGACCAAAUGAGCAGGAAGUAGCAACCACUUUGGACUCAUUGGUAACACAUAUGCGUACCAGAGGAUGGGAAAUAAAUCCAACCAAAAUUCAAGGACCAUCUACCUCAGUGAAAUUUUUAGGAGUCCAGUGGUGUGGGGCAUGCAGAGAUAUUCCUUCUAAGGUGAAAGAUAAGUUGUUUCACCUGGCCCUUCCCACCACCAAGAGAGAAGCACAACAUUUAGUGGGUCUAUUUGGAUUCUGGAGACAAAACAUUCCUCACUUGGGUGUGCUACUCAGGCCCAUUUACCAAGUGACUCGGAAAGCUGCUAGCUUUGUGUGGGGCCUGGAACAGGAGAAGGCUCUUCAACAGGUCCAGGCUGCUCUAUCACUUGGACCAUAUGAUCCAACAGACCCGAUGGUACUUGAGGUGUCUGUGGCAGAUAGAGAUGCUGUUUGGAGCCUCUGGCAGGCUCCUGUAGGUGAAUCACAGAAGAGACACUUAGGAUUUUGGAGCAAAGCUCUACCAUCAUCUGCAGACAACUAUUCUCCCUUUGAAAAACAGCUCUUGGCCUGCUAUUGGGCCUUAGUGCAAACUGAACGUUUGACAAUAGGACACCAAGUUAGUAUGUGACAUGAACUACCCAUCAUGAGCUGGGUGCUAUCAGACCCUUCAAGUAAUAAAGUAGGACAUGCACAGCAGCAGUCAAUUAUCAAAUGGAAGUGGUAUAUACGUGAUCGAGCCAGAGCAGGUCCUGAGGGCACAAGCAAGUUACAUGAAGAAGUUGCUCAAAUGCCUAUGGUUUCCACCCCUGUGACAAUCCCAUCUGCUGCCAAGCAUGCGCCUAUAGCCUCAUGGGAUGUUCCCUAUGAUUGUCUGACUGAAGAAGAGAAGACUAGGACCUGGUUUAUUGAUGGCUCUGCACGUUAUGCAGGCACCACCCAGAAGUGGACAGCUGCAACAUUACAACCCCUUUCCAGGACAACCCUGAAAGAUACAGGUGACGAAAAAUCUUCACAGUGGGCAGAACUUCGGGCAGUACACAUGGUAUUACAGUUUGUUUGGAAGAAGAAAUGGCCAGAUGUACGAUUGUUCACUGACUCAUGGGCUGUAGCCAAUGGAUUGGCUGGAUGGUCAGGGACCUGGAAAGAUCACGAUUGGAAAAUUGGUGAGAAAGACAUCUGAAGAAGUAUGUGGAUAGAUCUCUCCAAAUGGUCAGAGGACAUGAAGAUAUUUGUGUCCCAUGUAAAUGCUCACCAAAAGGUGACUUCAUCUGAGGAGGAG